AUGGCCGCUGAAACCGACGAAGAAGAUCAAGGCAGCCCUCGGUCAGCCGAACGGAAAUCACCGAAGGCCCGGGGAACACCGGACACACAAGCCGUAUCUUCGAAGAAGCGCAAGUCAUCAGACCAGGAGAAUGACCAGAUACCCGCAUGGACCUCGACGUCAAUAAUGUCAUCGAAAAAGGCCAAGUUGGAGGUUGAUCGCGAAGAGCACAUCAACGCCAAUGCCCCUGGCAGAGACAAGUCUCUCCUUCCCCCUGAGAUCUGGCACCACAUCUUCACUUUCUGCCCUCCCCAAACUUUAGGUAAUUUGUUGCGUGUCAACAAAUUAUUCCACGUCUAUCUUGACCCUUCAUCCUCGCUUCAGAGUGCCUCUCCUCUCUCUCCAGGUAAAAGUGCCAUCAGUAUUUUGAAGCCGAACAGCAUCUGGCAAGCUUCAAGACGCUUGUUCUGGCCACAUAUGCCAGCUCCAUUGCGGUCAAUGACGGAGCUCGAGUCGUGGAGGUUGGCCCGCUCGAUCAGAUGUCAAAGCUGCAAUAAGCAAGACGCACGUGGCCAGCAGCAGCCUCCACCGGAUCCCUGGCACCCAGGUCCGGGGAUGGACGGAGUGUCAGUCAUUUGGCCCUUCGCUAUUCGCGUCUGUGGGCUCUGUCUCUUGCGCAUGUCUUUCAAGGAGAUUGACCUACUUCUUUCGCCUUCAGUUCCCUCGGCAGUCAUUCCCGCACUGCCGUUUGUCGUCCUGACACCUGAGCUUCACGCUCUAUCGGCCAGCACUUAUGAGCAGGGUCAACUGCCGACCACCAUACAAGUUACAAAACUCUUCCUAGCUUCUGAUGUUGAGGAGCUUAAGAAGGAGUUUCUCUCCGUCCAGGAAAUGGGUCCUGGUACAACUGAGGAGUGGUUUAAAGGUCUCGAUGGCCGGGGCAAGGACCACAGGAGUGAGUCGGUGAAGUGGGAAAAGUGGGAGGCUUCAGGUGGCCGUAUCUCAAUAUUGGCUCCAGGCUUAGUGUCUACGGCUCCGAUGUUGACAUGUAUGCUUACCAUCAACACAGGCGCCGCCCCAAGGCAGGACUUUGAGGAGAAUAAUUCUGGCCACCAGUCUCGUCCUUUACCCCCAGGCCGACAGGAGCGGACUAUAGAGGAAGUUGCCAAGCUGAAAGCUACUCGAAAAUCCGAAAUCGAGCGCCGGGCAUCCCUACUUGAUCCUCCACUACAACCAAAUAUUCUUCGCCGGAUACCAUCAUUCCAAGCUGCCACUCAACUUAUAACGCCUUUGGAUGACAAUGCUUGGGAACUUCUCAAGCCUCGACUUCUAGCUCAGAGGGCGGAUGCCGAACAGCGAGAAGCCGAGAGUGUUGCUCAAGCUCAGAUCUUGCAGAGGAACGACAAACAACACAACGUUGAGACUACGUUGGCAACAACCAAGGAAGCCAGAGAUAUGAUAGACAAAGACUGGGAAGAAGUGCAAGCACCUGUGCGUGCUUCCAUCGCGAGCCUUGCGGAUGAGGUCAUUCGAGACGGUUGGGACAACGGCAAGAAGGUGACGAAGGAAACUUGUUCCAAGUUCGCCGCAGACGUCCUCACACAUGUGCGGAGAAGGUUCUACGCAGAGGUUACCGAGGCAGCCGCAGCAACGCGUGCUGCUGGUCAGGAACCUCGAACCGACCCUCCUGAAGGCCCAUUCACACAGAAGCUGACCUUGGAAAACAUGAAGUGGAUCUUCGACAGCAAGAUCAAGCCUCAUACCGAGUCUCAGAAGAAGGAGAUUUUCUUCUGCAAUGGCUGUGAAGGCAACUUCAAGGCUUAUGGUUUUGAGGGUGUCAUUCAACACUACGCGGCCAAGCAUACCAGUGCGCUCAGCCUUGGCAGUGUUGUUGUUCACUGGAGGGCAGAAUGGCCUGAAGUACCACCCUUCGCCCCCCAAGCCCGGGGUUCCAAGCACUUAUAUUACGCUCCGGGCCCGAUCUCCUUUACCCAGAGCGCUGGGCCACCCACUCUGUAUGGCUUCAAUGGCUACCAGCCUGCCCAGGGACCUGCACCUCCCCCACCUGGCCAGCCAUUCCCUCCGUCAGGUUCUGUGUACGGAGCCCCUCCAUACAACGAGCAAUAUCCACCACAGUCUUCAUAUCAGCACGGGGUUAGCUAUCCUCCGUCCUCGGGGUUCACCCCCCAGCCAUUUCAACCGCAGCCUGUUCCAGCGCAAUAUCCUUCUUACCAACCGCCAUCUGCGCCGAAUGGGACAUAUCCUUCCCACCCAGCACCCGUUCACACUCCAGGCUACCCACCCCAAGUCUCAGCGCCACCCCCAAAUCAAGGUCUCCCUCCUCCACCAACUGUUGCCUAUCCGCCGCCUCCAAACACAGGGUAUCCCGACACGUAUCAGGUCCGGCUCGAAGAUGUUGUUCGGAACUCGCGGGAAAUCUGGAUUGCGACUGCCAACAUCAGGGACCUUCCCGGUAGCGCCAGAGUGUUUGUGACAAUACAUCACGUUGUGAAGAGGUUCAGGUCGAGAUUCCUCGAGGCACCACCGCUAGAGAUGUUCAACGACGGCUUGUCAAACAAUAAGGACAUGCGGCCUGUGCGCAAUAUCAAUGUGCUCUCUUGCAAGGCCUGCCAUUUCGGCUUAGGCAAUGCGGCAUCCGUGGAACAGGACAGGAAGACCUUUUCCUUACCGCAGCUGGUGAAUCACUUUCAGAACAAGCACGUUGAUCCCAUGCAACGGAUAGCCCCCGGCCAGCCACCACUGGACUGGACGGUGGACAUGAUUUUGCUCCCAGACCCGGCUGUCCUUGCCAGGCUACCAGCUAUCAUCGGUUCUGAUAGCCAAAGACACUAUCUAUUCUCGGACGCCUUCCCCGAGUACUUCCAACAGCCCAGCAGCACAGCCACCACAACUCCUUACUAUUACCCGCUGCCGCCAUACCAGCCCGGUCCUGACUAUCCUUCUGUCUAUCCUCCAGCCCCUGUUGACAGCCACGAUCGUACCUAUGCCCAACAUCAGUCGGCCAAUGCCCAGACAUACUAUGGCGCAGAGCAGGAUGGUUAUCAAACACCGGCGGCGUCGGCAACAUAUGAACAACCCAGCUAUAGCCAAGGCCCUCCUCAGAAUGGUUAUGUUUCCGCUCCAUCCCAGGAGCCUGGGUACCACGUCGAGAGCAUGCCGCAAAAUCCUGUCCCUACUCGUUCGGGUGACAAUAAAAGUCGUUCGUCCCAAAGCUCCGGCCCAGGGCGUGGUAAUCAAAGGUCCAAGAAGAGCCCCCAGGGUCAACCGGAGCUCCGCGAGGAACCAAACCCAGCAAUGGCGAGACCUCCCAAGGCAAAAAGUCCGCCAGCGGCCCCCACGGCUCCAGUUCCGCAGAUCUCGCAGAGGAGCAGCCCUCCGCGACGGGAAGAGCCCAAUCUCAUGGCAGCGCUCGAAAUGCAUCUCGAGCAAGGGCAUUCACGUCCUGCCUCGGAACAACGACCCCAGCCUCCAAGCAGAGUUAUCUAUGUAGAUGAUGACCAUCCACCACCCACUCGAGUCACCCACAGAGACCCGGACAGAUAUCCAGUUCAUCAUCCGUCUGACCGGAUCCAAUCGAUAUCACCCGCGUUUAGAUAUAGGCAGCCUCCUACAGGUGCCGAAGUGUACAGGGAGAGAAGCCCGGUGCCGAGGCAAGCUGGGAGGGGCUAUUACCCACACCCUCCACCCGCUGGUGGAAUGGCAGAUGCUAGAUACGAGCAAAUCCCACGCCCAGGAGCAGACCGAUACGAACAGAUCGUCCGUCGACCUGAUGAUGCCCUUCCUUACGACAGAAUUCACCGGACGGAGGAGGUUAUCUAUGACAGGCAACCCCCAGCCCGGCAGGAGUAUUACAGGCCUUACCCCGAUGAGCCGCUGCCACGAUCAAGAGCCCCGCCGGUCGAGGCGUACGAGAUCGUCCAGGUCAUUGAUUCCCAGGGCGAGUAUUACAUCCGGCGACCGGUCAGGCGGGAGCCAGAGCCUCGCUACAUCUACGAGGACGAGCGGCAUGUUCGCCGAGAGCCGGAACUAUACCACCAUCCCACCUUCGAACCGGUCUACUCCCGGGCCCCGCCCCCGCCCCCGCCGUCUUACGAUUCCCGGGCUGAAUACCCUCUUCCGCGGAUGGCGGGGCCGCCUGAACCUACCGCCUACGACGAGGAAUACGAUCCGCGCUUUCCGGCUGCCCCACCCCCGGGAGGCGUGCCACCGAGACAGGUGCGCUACCAAUGA